AUGGAGGUAACGAAAAGCGAAACCACAAGUGUCCUAAGCAGCGCAAACGAUGUUGUUAAUUUUUCAAACAAGUGCGAAAUAGAAGGAAAUUCGGCUACAAAAAAUAGUGCAAACGCAGAAAAAUCGUCACAUUCAUUGACAAGAUCUAUUCCUCCCUUGAGUAGUGAUCCUAGAUAUACAAAUAGGCAAAAAAGGGAAACAAAAAUUAUAUGCAGGUCAAACCUCGACAUAAUGGAAAACACAAUGGAUGUUCCAGCUAAUACACUUCAAAAUAAAACUAAAGUGAUAGAAGUACCUGAAUUGAAGUUUAUAGACAAAAUUGAAUGUGAUACUUUUGUUAUUCAAAAGUUAAAGUAUGUUCCAAAAGAAGUUACUAAAUAUAACAUUAUUGAAAAACCAGUAAUUAAAAAAAUUGUAACAGAAAAAAAAGUGGAUGUUCUUCACGUUCAGGAAAAAAUAAGUUUUAAAGAUCAGGAAAUUGUGGAAGAGGUUUAUCACUAUAUUGAUAAAGAUAAUAACAGGUUUGUAAUAGAUCAAGGGAGUAUAUCACACAAAGAAAUUUUUCCACGAGAGUGGAAGACACAAUCUGAAUAUGACCCCACGGCAUUAUACACUUAUAAAAGUAGCGAAAGUUAUGACAACAUGAACAAUCAUACUGAUUGCAAGAGUAGUGGGAAAAGUGGAAGAGAUGAUAUGCUCCAUCCCCCACUACUGGAACCAUUUGGACCACAAGUAAACAUAACCGAAAAUAAGAUAUUUGAAAACGUGUUCAUACCAAAGGUGGAAAAAGUUGUUGAAAUAAAAAAAAAAAUUGAUAUACCGAUAAACCUACCAGUUCCUUAUAUAGUCCCUAAACCGAAAAUAGUUGAUGUGGACAUUCCUAUUUUUAAAUUUAAUGAUAAAUAUGUCCCUGUACCAGUUCGUCAAAGAAUAAUACCUAAAGUAAGAUGGACAAGUAAAGUGUACAAAGUAGACUGUGUUAUAGAAAAACCUUAUUUAGUCUAUCAUGAUAUAAUAAAAAUUGUACCAACUGAUACAAAAAUUGCCGUUAGAGAAUAUCCAAAGGGAAUAACUAAAAUAAACCCUCAAGAUUUAUAUGAAGUAGAUAAUUUGGCAUUAUGGAUGCGAGUAAAUGCUGAUUUGAAAGAAGAGAAAGAUGCCUUGAAGAAAACUCAUGAUAACUCAUCUGAUCGCACAUGCGAAUGCUCCGAUUGUGAUUCAUAUGAAAAAUGCUCAACUUCUGAAUUAAAUUCUUCACAAGAUAUGACAACAACCAUUAAGUCGUCUAAGGAAAGUAUUUUGGAUACUCUUCCCAUACAUCCAGGACAUCCACUCGAAAUGGUUCAUUUGCAGAAUAAGUGGAUCAAACAGGACACCACGAAGAUGGAGGAAUUAUAUAAGGAUAACUUUUUCGACUCGCACAGAAAUGCAAUGUUUAAUUUAUCUACCAAAAUUCCUCGUGAAGCAGAAAUAGAAGUUAGACAAAUUUCGCACCUCCAAAAGUGUGUGGAGAAGAAGGAAUACAGUGAAGCUUACUGA